UAAGAAUAACGUGGUGGCACUCUUUCUUCUCUUCUGUUAUUACUGCUUCCGCGUUCUAAGCCAUAUCGCACUCUCUCAGACUCUCUCACACUUUCCUAAAACCUUUCAACUGCUGUAAGGUUUCAUAGAAAUCUCUCUCUCUCUCUCUGCAUUCUUUCUCAUACUUCCCUGCAGCUAUGGACAUCCGCCGUCGGCCCCCCAAAAGGCCUCGUCCGACGGCCGUUAAUGGUGGGACCCACUCGCACCAGCACCGUCGAAAUGAGAAAGCAUCUACCUCUUCUUCUUCUUCUUCUUCUUCUUCAUCAUCCGGAGGCGGCCCGAAAGCGUCCGACGCGCUGCCGCUGCCACUGUAUUUGACGAACGCCGUCUUCUUCACUCUCUUCUUCUCCGUCGCCUACUACCUCCUCCACCGCUGGCGCGACAAGAUCCGAACGUCCACGCCGCUCCACGUAGUCAACCUCUCUGAACUCGCCGCCAUUGUUACCCUCAUCGCCUCCUUCAUCUACCUCCUCGGCUUCUUCGGCAUCGACUUCGUCCAGUCCUUCAUCUCACGCGCCUCCCACUACGACGACGACAUCGAAGAAGAAGAUGACGUCCUCUUCGAUUCCCGCUGCUGCCCUCCCCCGGCCAAAUCCAAAUUCGCCGACGCCGACCCCGACCCCGCAUUGUGCUCCGAGGAGGACGAGGACAUCAUCCAGGCCGUUGUAAACGGCGCCGUUCUGCCCUACUCUCUCGAAUCGAAGCUCGGGGACUGCAAGAGAGCGGCGGCGAUUCGGCGCGAGUGGCUUCAGAGAACGACCGGGAGGUCACUGCAGGGUUUGCCUCUCGAAGGAUUCGAUUACGACUCCAUUCUCGGGCAGUGCUGCGAGUCGCCGGUCGGAUACGUGCAGAUUCCUGUGGGAAUUGCCGGGCCGUUGUUGCUGGACGGGUUUGAAUACAUGGUGCCAAUGGCGACGACGGAGGGGUGCUUGGUGGCGAGCAUGAACAGAGGUUGCAAGGCCAUUCGCCUCUCCGGUGGGGCCGACUCCCAGGUGUAUAGGGACGGCAUGACCAGAGCGCCGGUGGUCAAGUUUGGCUCUGCCGUUAGAGCUUGCGAGCUCUUCUACUACUUGGAGAACCGUGUCAAUUUCGAUACUCUCGCCGUCGUUUUCAAUAGAUCAAGUCGAUUUGCGAGGCUACAAAGCAUAUUUCCUUCGCUUUCCGGGAUGACGCUGCACAUAAGAUUUAACUGCAGCACAGGUGAUGCCAUGGGGAUGAACAUGUUCUCCAAAGGGGUUCAGAAUGUUCUUGAUUAUCUGCAAAACGACUUUCCUGAUAUGGAGGUUAUCGGCAUAUCUGGAAAUUUUUGUUCGGACAAGAAAGCUGCUGCUGUAAACUGGAUUCUAGGCCGUGGCAAAUCAGUUGUUUGCGAGUCAGUAAUCAAGGAAGAGGUGGUCAAAGAAGUGUUGAAAACGAGCGUGUCUAAGCUGGUACAACUCCAUCUGAACAAGAACUUUGUAGGUUCUGCUGUGGCCGGAUCUGUUGGUGGGUAUAAUGCCCAUGCCAGCAACAUCGUAUCUGCGAUCUUUAUAGCCACCGGCCAAGAUCCUGCACAGAAUGUUGAGAGUUCACACUGUCUAACGAAUAUUGUAUCCAUCAAUGACGGGAGGGACAUUCAUGCUUCUGUCACAAUGCCUUGCAUUGAGGUGGGUACAGUUGGAGGUGGGACUCAACUUGCAUCUCAAUCUGCUUGCUUAAAUAUGCUUGGUGUAAAAGGUGCAAGCCAAGGAUCACCUGGAUCAAACUCAAGGCGGUUGGCCACCAUUAUAGCCGGUUCAGUACUAGCCGGAGAACUCAGCCUCCUGUCUGCCACGGCAGCUGGUGAUGUUGUCAAGAGUCACAUGAAAUACAACAGAUCCAGCAAAGAUAUAUCCAAUGCUGCAUCUUGAAAAGUAUAUAGUUACAAAACAAGGGUGCUCCUACCACAUUCGGGAAGGGUCUAGAUAUUAAAGGGAGAAAGAUGCUGAGAGAGACCCAAAGGAAAAGAGCAAUUUGCUAGCUCUGGUAGCUGUAGUGCUUUGCCCUUAUAUGAACUACAAAGGGGAUGCUGACAAUUUGACAAGCUUGCUUGCUUGGUCUCUAGCCUUUCCUCUGCUAAACGAUGAUCUUGGAGCAACCCCACCAAAUAUAUCUGUGGUCUCUGCUAUGUCUUUGUUCUCAGGUCGCCAUUUUUUAUUUAUUUAAUUAUUUAAUUUAUUUAUUAUUGUUACUAUUUUCUUUUUUUCUUGUCAGAAUGUUAUUGUUCUUUUUCUGUUGACGAUGAUAGUGGUCAAUUCUUGGAGUCUUGGACCUUGGUGAUGAUUAUUGUAAAUUUGUAUCAUAUACUGUAGUUGGACCUGUU